AUGUCUUUGCCUCUCAAACCUCUGACUAUUGACUCGAACAGCAAGCAAUUGGACUCGAAACAGAAGAAAUUCAACGCUAAUGUUCUACGAGCAUUGGAGCACUUUGACUUGGUCACAGAAUGGGCAGAUUAUAUUGCCAGCCUGGGAAAACUAUUGAAGGCUUUACAAAGCUGGUCUCCACAGUUUCAGAACGUAAGGUACUAUGUUCCUUCGCCGUAUCAGGUAAGCCGAACAUUGACUUCGUCUCUAUCACCAAAUUUGCCGGCUGGUGUCCACCAAAAGACAUUGGAAGUAUAUACAUUCAUCUUUGAGAAGAUUGGACAAGACAUAUUGGCGUCAGAAUGUAACAUAUGGAUUCCCGGCAUAUUACCUUUAAUGACAUACGCAUCAAUGUCAGUCAAGUCACACUUGAUUGAUCUUUAUGACAAUUACCUAGUUCAAUUGCCCUCUUCUACCCUCAAACUGUUGGUAAGACCCAUGUUAGCAAGCCUGCUGCCUGGUAUCGACGAUGAAAGCAGUGAAUUCCAGCCUUUAUCCAUCAAACUGAUUGAGUCCCUGCAAGAGAAUUUAGCUGAUGACUCCUUAUUUUGGCAGACGUGCUUCUUGGUAAUGAUUUCGAACAAAGAAAGACGAUUAGGUGGGUUAGUAUGGUUGACCAAGAAAUUCCCAUCCAUGAACUCAGUACCACAUUUGCUUUCACAGAAGAACAAAGAACCGAAGAAUGAUUCAAAAGCGGACGGAGAACCAUUGGAUGCAAAAGCACUAAGAAACGAGGCUCUUUCAUUACUUCUUCCAGAGACAAAGAUCUUGCUUACGCCAGAUCCAGGUCUGCUAGUUCGUUGCUUAGCUUGUUGUUUGGAUGAUGGGAACGAUCUUUUAAUACAAAGAGGUAUCUGGGAUUUGCUUCUACAGAGGCUACAUCUUGAUUCACCAGUACUAGAUGCUCUAGUGAGUCCGGCUGAUAAGCAGUUACUCAUAAUGAGCUGUUGCAGGACAACGUUGGCGAAAGACAUGUCACUGAAUAGAAGGGUCUGGAAUUGGCUAGUCGGUCCCGCAGUGGCGGCACAGGCUAACACAAACAAUAGUGUUAGUCCAACUGUACAAAAGAAUGACAGGUCGAAUCAAAGCAAUAGUGAGUAUUUUAGUAUACAUGGUUUACAAUCACUAAAAGCGGGUCUGAAUAGUAUGUUGGAAUUGGAGUCCCAAGUAACAACCGCUUUCAGUAUAUGCUCAGCUGUUAUGGAUCGAUGGGAGAUUGGAUCCUUGGUUGUUCCUGAAAUGUUCAUACCUUUGCUUGUGGCAGCACAUAAGCAUCAAUACAAUGAACGGAUAAUCAAAGCUGCCAACUCAUUCUUUGAUUCUGUUGAGACAAACAUAAUUUGGGGAAAGUUGUUUCAAUCCAUUGAGAAACAUGAGGACCUGCCACUAGUUGAGUUUGUUCUGGCGAACUUUAAUAUUGCAUCAGAUGAAGAGAUAAUUGUUCGUCAUCUCCCGCUUAUUCUACUAGCUAUCUUGUCCAUUGAUUGUCAAAACCCCGAUUGUUCUCCAUCUAGUAAAGAUGAGAGAUAUCUUUUGUGCAGGCACUUACUCGAAAAAACACCAGAGCGUGCAUUCGUUCCUUUGGAAAGCUCAGAAAUAAGAACAAACGAUGAGCACAAUUCUGAAGUGCUUGAGAAAAUCUCAAAGUUUUACUGUCGCGUUUCGGAUCCUGCCACAUCCCAAAACGCUGAGAAGAGUUCAAAUCAAACAGCUCCUUUCGACUCACAUGUACUUUCCCUUCAAAUUUUUAGUCAUGCUUACAAGCUACUAAUACAAAGCUUAAAACAUGAUACGCACGUCAAUUCAGUAGUCGCAAUUUUUAUGAUGAUAAUCAAUAAGAUCCCUAAAGCUGAAGAUGGUAUGUCGGCUAAGGCAGCAAAACAAGAAGACAAUGAGUUGGCUGAUCUACUAUUUGAACGCUGUUUGGAAGUUCCUGAAGGAUUCACUGACUCUGUGUUUGGAAUGGUCGAUGUUUUUAGUAGCUACCUGUGCCCUAAGCUACCACUAAUGCAGUCGUGUAAAUUAUUGCAGCAUCUUUUAGAAGCUCUGUGGAGCCUUUUGGCAGAACCAAAAAAACAACUAAGGGCCAUCAAGAGCUUACAAACACUAGAAAACUGUGCAUGUUCCACAUAUCUUGAGGGUGCCCUCUCUCAUGUUUUUAUUAAGGAGAAAGACAUCUCGAAGUGUCUCAAAGUACUGGAGCUCUUAUGGAACCAUUUGGACCCCCGCACUAAGAUUCUUUCACGGCCAUUAGAACUUAUGAUAGACGAACUAUUUGCAGAAGAGAAUCCGCAUUAUCUGAAUGUUUCAAAAUGGAUCCUAUCAGCAGUAAACUCUGGGACCUCUAAUAGGCUUUUCUAUUUUCUAACUGACAAGGUGUUGCAGAUGGAUUUCUUGAGAAGGGAGACACUUGAAGAAUGGGAUGACCUGGAUAUGUUCACGUACAGACUUCGAUCACUUACCAGCGUUUUGAAGACCAACAAUGGAGUUGUAAUUCAAAACUUUGCGUCGGAAUUGACCUCUAUCUCUUCAUUGAUAAUGUGGGGAGACGCUGAUAUAUCAACAUACAAGAACCUCAUGAUUGCAAUUUUGAUGAAAUUCUUGGAAAUCAAGAAUAAUAAUCACGCCAAAAGUGUACGAAGUGCUCUGAUUCUUUUAGAAUGUAUUCUCAAUGGUACCGAGCGCAAUUUCAAGGAGAUUGUGAUUGUUCUGCUUCAAAUGUCAUCGAAGUACAUAGCUCAGGGUGGGCUGGACUCUGAACUUAUUGCGGUUUCUUUGCUCAACAUAGUCUCCAAAGUGUUAAGACUAUCUCAUGAGAACGGAAUCAAGCUGGACAUUUUUGAUGACGACACCACACAUCUUAAAUACGUCGACUACCUGGUUACCAGUGUUGCGACGAUGGAAAGCCCAUUGAUUGUGACAUCAUAUAUGAAGCUCUUGUCUGAAAGUAUGAUGUACUUCGAAACUGCCAUGUUCAGGAUGAUCCUUCCAUUAAGUGCAUCAAUUGUUCAAUGUGUUAGAAGACUCUUCAUGAAGGAAAAAGAAGAUGGAGGAUACUAUCAGUCCGUUUCUCUCCUCCUGAAUGGUCUGGAACAGUUGUUGGAGGUAUCUCACGGAUUCUUAACCGCUGAAGAGAAGGACGGCUACUUUGCUACCUCUGGAUCAAAGGGUGACUUUCUUCAGGCAGUGGUUUCCAAUGUGUUUUCAUCAGACACAUCUGGCAAUGACGUUAAGAUCCAAGGAGAAAGGGAUGUCGUUCUUCAGUCUUUCCGGGAGGUCAUAAGUUGCUGUCAUGACAUAUGGUCGUGGGCUCAUGCACUUUCAAUAUCUACAAAAGAUGGCUACCUCGCGAACCAUACCAAUCACAGUUCUUACAAGUUCAAAUUUACGACCAAAAAAAUACUUGAGAAACUCUUUGUUCUCGAACCAUUAGAGGUUAUGGAGUCAUUGGUAUUGAGCCUUGGGGGAGAGACAUUGAUCCUGAUUCACGUAUUAGAUGGGAACAGACCGGCUCUUACGCUGCCUUAUUUUUCCUUAGGUGUCGUAUACAGGCAAAAUAGGAACUCCAGUAUUAGAUUCUCCAUAAGUUUGUCGGCAAACAGUACUAGCAGCGCCAGAGCGGGGCGCUUGGAGGCGUCAUUGAGUAACAAACUUGACUCAGAGAGUCUAAUGAGAUUUCUAAUUAGCUACGCCUCUUCACUUGAGAAUGCUGCCAUUGAGGACUUUUACAACGAUUUUCUGCAAUUUUUCAAGGAAAUUUCUGCUAACUACAACCUUUACGAGAAUAUCUCGAAAUCUGUUCUUAACUUCGUGGCUAUUAUUGCAAAGAAACUCAAUAGGUCCAAAUUCGGUGAAGAUAAAAGGACUAGAAGGGAACUGUCAGAUACUUUCAUGAGAUAUCUACCUAACGCAUUGGCUGAGAACCCUUUCAACUACGCUGAUCCAUCGACAGCUUUUUCUGAUCUCCAAUAUGUUGUUAAGGAUAUACAGGAUAUUUUGAAUGAGGAGGUGGGAAGCGACAAAUUUAACAACGCCGUUUCAGUAAUAGUUUCACAGUGCGUCUCUCCAUAUUUCAAGGCCAAAAAUGUUGCCAUUCCAGAAUAUGUAUUGGCGUUAGCGGUGGAGAUUGCGAAGGUUGGUAGUAAAGUAAGAAAUUGGCGUACCCUUAUCAAUGACUUCUAUUUUGACAAUAAAAAAUUCUCCUUGCUUGCCGAUAAUAAGCUAUGGGACCAGAUAAUAUUCCAAUGGUCGCGCUAUCCUGACAAUAAGACAAAACUGAUGAAUGAUAUGUUAGCAGUGAUAGGCCCCAAAAUGACCAGUAUCACUCCAGCACUAAUCACUUUCAACUCCAGGAAUGAUUCUGAGAUUGAGGCAAAGUGCCAAAAUCUCUUGAGGAUUGCACAUUUAUUAAUGAUCUCUCCUUCAGACUUUCAUAUGCUAUAUUUUCAGCCACUAAUUUCGUGUACCUGCCAAUUCCUCCUUUCAGCAGAAUUGACGUUGAAAGAGAAAGCAUGGAUCCUUUUGAGGGCCAUGCUACUGAAGUUUGAAGAACAACAUUUCAUUGAGUACUGGUCAAUGAUAACAUACUGCUUGCAGACAAACUUGCAAGAGUUCUGCGAAACUCUACAGAUUCAGGGUGAUAUACAUUCAGGAGCUGUUUUCCAAGCAUGUAAGACGCUUGAUCUUCUUUUGGCUUUGAACCUCGAAGGCUUCAGCAGCACAAACGAAUGGCUCUUUGUCAUCGACACCAUUAAUUGCAUUUACAAAAAUUAUCCAUUCGUUGCAUUAAUUGACGAGAUAUACGAAUGCAAAGAAUUUGAGAGCAGCAAGAUGGACGAGCUCGAGCUUGUCGAUCGCUCUCAGCUGAAGGUACCCAUUCUCAAGGGAAUUCACGCUAUUCGCAGCUAUACACAACUGCGAGUUUUUUUCCAAAACUUGAGCUAUGCUCACUAUGAGUAUAUAUACGGACUCGAAAGGCUAGACUUGGAUGACUGCGAAAACGACUUGAAAGUUGACAUUUUUACAUGA